AUGCGUCUUUUUCUUGUUUCUGUUCGUGUAGAACAUUCUAUCAAUAUGCUCAAAAUUCAUCCAACAAUACUACGUGUUCCUCAAGUAGGGAUUCUAAGAUCGGGAUUAGUUCGUUAUUCUACAAAGCCGAGAAUUAGUAAUUCGUUGUGGACUAUUCCUAAUGUGUUGACAUAUACGAGAAUUCUCACUACACCUGCCAUUGGGUAUUAUAUAGUUUCGGGAAACUCGACCAUGGCCUUGCUGUUGUUUACAUAUUCAUGCGUUACUGAUUUCGUUGAUGGGUUUAUUGCAAGAAAGUUUAAUAUGAAAUCGGUUGUGGGGUCCAUUAUUGAUCCUUUGGCAGACAAGUUUCUCAUGACGGCAUGUACGUUGUCGUUGGGGUAUAUUCAUGCCAUACCACCAGCAAUAGCAAGUAUAAUUAUAGGAAGAGAUGUGAUGUUGAGCUUCAUGUCGUUUUAUUAUAGAUACAAGAGCUUACCGGCACCAAGGACGUUUGAAAAGUUUGUUAGUAUUGGUCAAGUUCCUACAAUUAGCGUCCAUCCGAAUUUACUUGGAAAAGCCAACACUGCGUUACAGAUGUUUUAUAUUGGAAGUUUGGUAUACCGUCCGUUGUUGGAACUGGCACUUUCAGAUGCAUUUUUCGACGGGUUUGGGUUAGUGGUUGGUGCCACCACGCUAUUGAGUGGGGCUAAUUAUUUAUUUAGCAAGAAAGCAUGGAAAUAUGUAAAAUAG